AAGAGCCUGGGGGCCAUGCUGACGCCCUACAUCUCACGCAGACUGAGCCGCAGCUCGCCCGCCGAGGUCCUGAAGCUGCUGAACAGUAACUCGGAGACGCCGUACUUGAUCUGGAACAACGGCACGCGAGCGGAGCUGAUGGAGUUCCUGGAGGAGCAGCAGGAGAGCAACAUCAAGAGAGGCGAGUGCGACAAGAGCUUCGGCUCAGAGUUCCUGUUCAGUGAGCACGGGAAGGAGCUGAUCGUGGGAGAGAUCUUCGUUAGGGUUUAUAACGAGCAGCCUGCGUUUCCUCUGGAGGGAUUCUGUGACACGUGA